AUAAGAAACAGAGGAAAUUAUGUGUGAGAACACAAACACACACUCAUCGGGGCGUCCCUGCUGAAACCACAUUAGCUGUACUCAUCUUUCUCUCUCUUACCGUCGUUUUCACACAUACGCCUAGCCUCACAAUUACACACACACACACACACACCCACACAGACAGCUGCCAACAUGUGCCUUUCAGCAGCUUUCCUCCUGCUGACUCUGUGCGGUCCUUCUUUUGGUCAGUAUCUGUCCAGGUUCAACAUGGCGGGAGUCACUGGUGUGGUCUGGUUUGACUCCGUACAACAGACAGCCACCAUAAACCUCAAUGGCACAGGCAUAGAAACUUGUGGCUCCUUUAAUCUGACGCUCACAGAGUUUCCAGUAAUGUAUGGUCAUGUAGCCCAGCCCUGUCUGAAAGCGCACAUAGGAAAGCGUGUGUUCACGUUGUCCGUUAACAAUUCCAUUUCUAUGGUUAACAUUUCCCAAAUGCUCCAGCAAAUCCCCAAUCUGGAAGCACGUUCUUUAUUGGUAGAAUCAUGUAACGGCAUUAACGCUUGUGCAGGUGUCAUAGCAGAGUUAAUGGUCACCACUUGGCAGGCCCGGUUCUUUAGUGCCGUGGCUGGAAAUAUCUACCUCCGGCAAACAUCAGGGCAGUCGAGCGGCACACUUCUUUCUAACUUGGUCAGUCUGAAUCAGAAUAACUCCUCUUUUGAUAAUGUGAACGUUUUUCUAUCUCAGAGCUCUGCUGCUAGUUGUGAAGCAUUGCUGGGCAGCCUGAACCCAAACAGUUUGAUAAAGUUGGGCCAGCUGAUGGUAGGCAAUCCUCUUGAACCUGUCAAAUCCCGAUUAGAGAUCUCAUCUCUCAAUGCUCAAUCUCGCUUUGCCCUCUUCAACCUCAGCUCAGAGUAUACGUGUGCUGAGAUCCGACUCUUAAAACCGAAGCACAUCAGUGCCCUGCUAGACAUGCGAGGGGUGAAAGGUUAUAUCAACUUUCACCAGCCAUCUCCCUUUGACCUUACAACUCUUUCUCUGAACCUUACCAACCUGAACAGAAGGGUUGGGCCAUACCAUGUUCAUCUGUUUCCCACCCCACAAAUGAGGUCACUCCCUGAGAGCACCUGCAGCAAUGAUAAUGUUGGGGGCCACUGGAAUCCUUUUGAUGUGGACACUCAGCCAACUGUGUAUCCCCCACCCCCUGGCUCAACCCAUGACCGGUACGAAAUUGGUGACCUCAGUUCCAAACAUGGAUUGUUAAGUAAUGCAAACAACAUCCAGGCAAGCUUCACCGACUGGAAUCUUCCACUCUUUGGACAAAACAGCAUCGUCGGCCGUUCUGUGGUUCUGCACCAGCCUAAUGGUACAAGGUUUAUCUGCUCAAGCAUUGGCUAUCCUGGGGAAGUGACCACAGCCAAGGCGAUCUUCCAGAGCCCAGUGGUGGGGACUAUCUUUUUCACCCAGUUAAAAGAAAACCCUUACUCGGAUGUCUCAGUGUUCCUUGACUUGUCUUAUGGAAGACCAAAUACUAAUGCAACUCAGAAACACCACUGGCAUAUUCAUAAAUACCCAAUCAGCACAGAGACAGACAAUGAUGAGAGUUGCUGUUGGUCCACUGGUGGACACUGGAACCCCUACAACAUCAGCACCAGCAUAAGUAGCUAUAACGUAAACUGUAGACCGGAAUGUCCAUUUGCUUGUGAGAUCGGAGACCUAUCCAACAAACACAUGAUGCUUAAUUUAUCUGCAAAUGUAGGGACACUAACUAGCAAGAACUUUUUCACAGACACUACAGCAUGGGUGUCUGGACUGAGCAGCAUGAUUGGACGAUCUGUAGUGAUCCAUGGCCCCGAUGAGGCUGGCCGUCGCAUUGCCUGUGCUAACAUCACACUCUUGCGGUUCCCCUCAGCACGGACUGGAUCCUGGCAUGGGUCAGGGACAUCCGGGGGAAAUGUCCAAUUCUUUCAGCUCUCUCUCCAUGGUCCGACAAACAUCAAUGUCUCUCUGACUAAUUUGGAGUCCAAAGCUGGUGGAUACCAUGUCCAUCUGCUCCCAGUAACGAGUGGACCAGAGGCCUGCUCUGACGAGAAUGUCAUGGGCCACUUCAACCCAUAUGGCAUAAAUAUCUCGAUGUCUCCAUCGCCAGGGAACGGCACAGUGGAUCAGUAUGAGAUUGGAGAUAUCAGCGGGAAGUUUGGGAGUCUAGCUGAUCAGAACAUAUUCGAGAACUAUUACAAGGACAGUAACAUGCCACUGAGUGGACCCAACAGCAUCGUAGGACGGUCACUGGUUAUCCACUACAGGAACGGAUCAAGGAUGCAGUGUGCUGACAUCACAGCUAUGAACUCCUCCGAUGGGCACUGGAUCAUCGCCAAGGCUAUAUUCAACAGCACUGUGAAAGGCAAAGUAAUCUUGACUCAACAGUGUUUUCCUGAUGGGAGCUUCAGUGAUGUGACCCUGCUUGUGGACCUCAGAGAGUCUAACACUGCUAACGUCACAAAGGCUUCCUGGUACAUUACUGAAAGUCCUGCCUAUGGACUGGUGUCUGGGUGUCCAGGAAAUGGAGUGAUUUAUAACCCUUUCAACAUGUCAGCUCAGAGCACUAACUGUUCCCCACUUACCUACUUGGCCUGCGAGGUUGGAGAUCUGACCAGCAAACACGGAUCUGUCAGUUUCACACAAAGGCAACUCUUCACUGAUGCACAUCUUCAGCUGGCUGGAGAUUACACAGUCAUAUACAGAUCGUUAGUCCUGAGGGAUGGAAACAAGACCAUCGAUUGUGCAGACAUCGUCCCUGUGUCACCGUCCGCACAGCAGAUAUUCCCAAGCAUGACAACAUUCAGCAGAUAUGAUUUCCGGAAAAGAGCUGCGGACGUUCUGGCGAUUCCGAUGUCCCGGGUGUCCCUCUUACCCGGCUCCUUCUCUACCAUGGCGAGAGGGAGAUGCCAGCAAGUCACGUUUCUCGUGUCAGGUGACAUGAGUCUGCAGAAGCUGUCUGCUGUGAAGGACAGCGAGAUGAUGGGAAUGUACAGGCAGACUGAAUGGUGUACGAAAAGUGGCGUUGCAGGUUUUCUCACCUCACAAGGUGGAAUCUUUCAAGUCUUCUCCCUGUCCGUGGUUUACCUCCUGUACUCUCUGAUUGUGUGCUGGACGUCGCAGUGACUUCACAACAGUGCUGAAUUUCCUUCUAGAGAUCUUCUGCAGCUGCACAAAGCCUGCUUAACUCUAACAUUUAGUGUGAAUAAACUGUCUUGAGGUGGAAGAGCUCAAAUCACUCAAUCGACCGCUGUAAAAUAAUACUUCAAUCAAAAAAGGUUAUUUUUAAUGAUUCUUUGUUUCGCUUUUACUAUUUGAACAAUUCUUAGAAUUUCAAUGAUACGUUUGUUUAUAUUGUUUCCUGAUUUGCUGCCAUAUGAUUCAUGCCUUUCUAUUUUUAGCACUCACCAUUGUAUAUGUCACAUUCCCCAAAUCCUAAAGGCCCUACUAUAAGCUUUGUUGCACUAAUCUGUGAUUCGAAUGAAAUUGUUUUGGAAAACAUCACCAUUGUGCAUGAAUAUGCCCUCUAGGCUGACCUAUCCAAGAAGAACAUGUGAUGAAAUGCUCUCUAUGAUACUGCUGUGUGGAAGAAAAUGUGAUGAAAUGUACCCUUCAUUAACAAACUGUAAAAGUUACUUUAAAACCUCAUAGCAAAAAAAAAUAUAUUUUAUGUUUAUAGCUAUUACAGCUACAAAAAAAACAACAAACAAGAAGUUUCUCUCUAAUAAGAGAAAGAAAAAAAAGAAGCCGGGGCUAAUUAUGUGUAAAACACGCAUAAGUUAACUACCUGUAUCAGUGAAGGACUGAGACAAUAAUUCAGGCCGGAAAUUUGACUCCAUCCCCGGUGAACAUUUCUGUGAUUGUGCAGCAUCUCGCCGAGUCUGCAGCCAGGGCUUAUCUUUUUUUAAUCCGGUCUCUCUCAUCUCAUUUGUUUUUGCUAUCCAUUAUAUUUUUAUGUGGUGGCACCGUGAUUACCUGAUUCAUAGAUUUUUCACAGGUUUGUCAUUCAUUCAUCAGCCUAUCACAUGUCAAGUUGAGCUGACUUCACAGCAGGCAGGCCUGAACGACCACCAGGCGCAAUGUCUUGGUGCCCCGAAUGUGGCCAGUCCGACCACGGUUAUACACACUUCACACACACCCAAGCCCUGCUGUCCCUAUUUUCAUUGUUGAAAACAAAUAUCUUGCUAAUUCCUGCCCUCCACUGCCCUCUGGGCCCAGGAUCCAAACCCUGGUCCUGGAGUAAAAGACAGGACCUACACAUUUUAUUAUGUUUUCUCUUCUCUCUACACAUCUGCUUCAACUCCUCAACUAAUUAAGAGCCCUUACUGAGCUGAAGUGGGUGUAUUCGAGCAGAAAAAAAUGUUGAAAUGUACAGGACAAAAGGGUACUCCAGGACCAGCGUUGGUACCUUGUGCUCUAGUGCAUGUAGUUUGUACUCCUGAGGCGACACAUAAGACGAACGACGCUCGCUUCUUGCGUAGCAGCUACAUUUCAACAUGUACGCAUAGUGAACUUUAAGCUUUUACCUUAACCACAAAAUCACAGAGAUAAUUUAGUUUUCAGCAGAUUUGCCUGACCGCCUGUUUUCUUAUUCCUGUUCAUGGUAUUAUUCAUGAUAUAUUAGAAUUAAAGGCAGAUCAGUAAGAAAUAAAACACUGUGCUGUAUUAGAAUAAAGUGCAUCGCAGAAUGCCAUUUGGGGACAAAAUGACCACUCAGGUGUGAAACAUUAAUAAUGAUAUAAUUAUGACUGUUGGAUAUCACUUGUUAGGUCUUAAUAAAAUAAUAAAAAUCUUUAAAAAGUA